GUGUAAAGAUUUUUAUUGAUUCGCAGAAAUUUGCAGUUUCUUUAUAGUUUCUGCCGAUUUUUACCAGAGAAUUCUUAUAAUUGCGUAGACUUUCCCAAAAUGUGUGCAGAUUUUUACAGACUUUUGCCUGCGCAAGCGAUUUUUUUUUCGAAACAUGGAUAGGUCUUUUUUGGAUUUCAAGCUGAUUUUUCGGCUUUUAAGCAGUUUCAGACAUUUUUCGAAAAGAUCUGGCAUCUUUGCAUUUGGACGAAAUAUAAACAGAAAGCGCUUUAGAGAGGCGAUACAAUAUUUUGCUAAAAAAUCUAUUUCAACAGAUUAUUCUUCAUACAAUUGAAUAGCUGUUACAUAAUUAACAAUUAAAUCUGAAUUGCUAGAAUCAUGUCUUCAUCUAGUUUAAUGCCUAUAUGUUGUCGAUGUUGUCUCAUAGAAGAAAGCAAUAUGCAAUCUGUGCUCGAGGAUCUGGAAGAAUUCGGCAGCAAGAUCUACGAUCUAAUUUCCGGUUGUUCUGGUGUUGCGAUUACUGAAGAUGAUUCCUACCCUAAAGCUAUUUGUACCAACUGUUUGAGCGAACUGUGUAUUGCUGUACGUUUUCAAAAACGCUGCCUAGAAACUGAAAAUAUUUUGCAAAAUAUAACAGUUGUCGUGAAUAAGCCGCAUGGAACAACCAUUUCUGAUCUGGACACAAAUGACUAUAACGACACUGGACUCAAUAGCGUGCAUGAGGCAGAUUACUCCGAAACUGAUAAAAAUAGCAGACCAUCAUGUUCUGAAAAUGUGACAGAUACUUAUAUCAGGAAACUACCCCAAGAAACGAUAGGAAAAACUAAUGAAGGCGUCAUGCCCAUGCGUGGAGAUAGAAUUAUUAAAAAAAUUUCACAAUUCCGUCGGAUUGCUAAAACUAACAAGAAACAUUCGUGCAGUAUUUGCGACAAGACGUUCGAAAACAGAUUCAAUUUGGGUAUUCACAUGCGCACUCACACAGGUCCUCGUCCGUACAAAUGUGAAAUUUGUGGGAAAAGAUAUACCAUAGCUAGCAAACUUCAGGGUCACAUGCGGUUUCAUACUGGAGAACGACCCUUCAAAUGCGAUGUGUGUGCUAAAGCCUUUGCGCAUAAAAGUCACCUUAAAGCACACAAACAACUCCACGCUGACAAACGCACAUUCAAGUGCGAUAUCUGUGAAAAAGAUUUUCUAACUGCCAAUUAUUUAUCCAAACAUAGGCAUAUUCACGUUAACGAUUCGAUCUACAAGUGCGAUAUAUGUGACAAGGAAUUUCAUGUCUUUAGUUAUCUUAACGCUCACAAGCGUCGCCAUGUCAUCUCCGCGAGGCGCAAUAUGCAACAAAUGUCUACAGAAAAUACGACGGGAGAUUUUGAUGAUUCUGAAGAAUCGGCAUCCUAAGAGCGUGACCGAAAUUUCUUUGCAGAAAUGACUUGAAUGGGCAUUGCUUUUCCUUGUAAAAUGAGGCAAACAAAAGAAACUUGGUUAAAUGCUUCGUAAGUAUAUAUUUAGAAUACUUUCAAGCAUAGUUUGAAAUCAUUUUUAAUCCUAGCUAAUCCAAUGAUUACAAUCAAUAAAAAUUACAUUGUGUUUGAAACAUAAAUAAAAGCCUAAAAACGUCAUUUAGGUUUUUGUUCAUAACUUAACAUAAUUUGAUUGUUGAUGUGUUUCCCGCAGUUAUACAACCAUUCGUUUUGAAUGGUUGCACGAUUUCCAAAAUAAUGUGUCUAUAAGAUUUUGUUACAUGGCGUAUUGUGCUACAUGUAUCGAAGCAGUUAGCUAAGCAGUUAAGCCCCGUUAAGCAAAUAAGACAGAAAACAUACCUUAUUAUACAACCAGCACGAUCGAAUCAAAUUCGGUCUUAAGCAUGACAUCUGCGAAGUUUUCGAUAAUUGGGAGAAUAUGAUAAUUGAUUAAAAUCAUUGAACAAUAUAUUCAGAAAUUAUCAAUGUCUAUAUUAUUCGGAUCAUAAAUAAAAAAGUAAAUACAUAAA